CAGGCAAAACUUAAAAGGGAGGAUUUCAUUUUGGAUUUGAAGUUGGCUCCAAUUCCUAAAAUAACAAACACUCUGGAACACACAUUAACCCCAUCGGCUAUCAGUCUCAUGAAAUCGGUGGUCCGGCCGACACGCUUCCGAGAAACCGAAGACGAUGAUAUCCAGAUUUUUCCGGCACAUCAACGUUAACCAAUGGGGAUUGAAAGCCAAAGAAGGAUUCCAACAAUCCCUCUUAUUCGUCAAGUUCCUCUGUAUAUUGCACGUCGCCGACCGAUACGUCUGCUCCCCUAUCCUCGUGUACGGCCCCAGCAUGCUUCCGACGUUGAACUUGACCGGCGACGUGUUGCUCGUCGAGCACGUGUCCCCGUUGCUGGGGAAGGUGGGCCCCGGUGAUGUCGUCCUAGUUCGCGCCACUGAUAACCCUAGAAAGACUAUCACCAAGCGCAUUAUGGGUAUGGAGGGUGAUUUCGUCACUUAUCUAGCUGAACCUGGACGCAGUGACCGCUCUAUCACUGUAAAGGUGCCAAAGGGGCAUGUUUGGAUUCAAGGAGAUAACAUCUAUGCAUCCAAGGAUUCAAGGCAACUUGGACCAAUCCCAUAUGGUCUCAUUCUGGGAAAAGUCUUCUAUAGGGUAUGGCCACCCGAAGGCUUUGGGUCUUUGGCACAUGAAUUAUAAUUGUUCAAAUGGAUAUAUAGAAAUGUGAAAUUUACUCAUGCUUACUAAUCAGAGUAUCUCCUAGACUAUGUUACUCUGCCAAUUCCCUUGGUGUUUCAUAUUCCUAAUUCCUUCCUGUUCCAGCACGUUGUUUAUGGCUAAUUGACAAUAUGGUUUAGGGUGCAAUGUAUCUUUUAUACUCCGUAGUUUCUGUCAACCGAAAACAGUUUGGAGAAAAUAUGGUUAGCUUCUUACUUUGUGUUCCUUAA